GGAAGGAAGUCCGAUGGUUGUAGCUCAGGACGGCCGGAUCGGGUCCCAAAGUCCAGCUUGUGGGUCCAGUACGGGAUCCCGCAGCUGUGCCCAUGCUUUGAGGCGUUGAGAGGGAACAGACUUCUUCUCUCGAGUGGAUACAGACUCCUUUUUCCAGCCACUGUGGCUUGCCUGCAGACGAGGAAAGAGGUCUUCAGCCAAACCUUGGGGACGUCGACUUCAUCCUAAGCUUCGAGAUUUCUUGCUUUUGUUCCAAGCAUGAAUAUUGUUGGUGGUAAAACUAAAGGAACGCACACGGUGCCGCUCUCGGUUGGCAAGCGAGACAACGGCCAUCCUGCCUGGGGUCACAGAAGCUGGUUGCAAAACAUCGCAGCGUAGCGACAGGAAACUCUUGUCCUCUCCAGGGCAGAGUUUUCGCCUCCAUCAUGUCUUCUCUUCCCUUUCUCACCCCUCUGAGUCUUCCCGCAGUUGGCAGCGGCCAUGAUGGAAGUGUCAGGCCACAGUUUGGAAAUGGUGACGGACAACAAGGAGAAAAUAAGGAGAGAAAGCCCCUCGCCACUGCCGAGGCCCAACGACCACCAUGUCGAACUCGAGCCCCCGCUCAUGACAACAGAUUCUAUUCGCCCCAACACCAACAAUACCUCAGACCGUGAGACUGCAAUUUCUCUUCGUGAGGUCGACCCUGUCUCACUCCGGCUUGACCACCUCUGUGUGUCGGUUGACGAGUCACCAGGCCUCGUAGCAGGCCUCUUCUCGAAGUCAAAAGCCAAACCCCCUGGAAGCAAUGUAGAUACAACAACCGGCCAUGUCAAGACUAUUCUUGACGACAUCUCGGCAGACAUCCCAAACGGGACGCUCACGGCGAUCAUUGGCGGAAGCGGAAGCGGGAAAACGUCCCUGCUUAACCAAAUGAGCGGUCGCAUGCAUGGUAAUCGACUUUCUGUUUCAGGACGCACCUUGUUUAAUGGCGACGCGGGGAAUGGUUCAGGGAUCAGGAGCGCAUACGUUAUCCAGCAAGACAUUCUCCUGCCUACGCUGACAGUUCGUGAAACGUUGACGUAUGCUGCUCAAUUAAGACUACCGCCAUCAAUCAGUCAAGAUGAGCGCAAGCAAUUAGUCGAGGAAGUUAUCAUGGAGCUUGGUCUGAAAGAAGCGGCAGACACUAGGAUUGGAAACCACGAACAUCGUGGCUGUAGUGGCGGUGAGAAGAGGCGGACGAGCAUUGGUGUUCAGCUGCUGUCAAAUCCAAGCCUACUAUGGCUUGAUGAACCUACAACCGGACUAGACUCGACGAGCGCAUUUCAAAUCGUGAAGACGCUGCAGAGCCUAGCAAGAAAAGGAAGGAAUAUCAUUAUGACUAUACACCAACCUCGUUCUGAGAUAUGGAAUCUAUUCGACAACAUUAUUAUCCUGAGCAGGGGAGGAAGUCCAGCAUAUGCUGGUAGGGCAGAUGACUGUAUCUCGUAUUUCGCUGGCUUAGGUUACAACCUUCCCCCCUUUGUCAAUCCAGCAGAGCAUCUAAUCGACAUCGUUUCUAUCGACAACCGUAGUGCAGAAGCUGAAGAGAUAGCACAAAUUCGUGUUAAUCGUAUCAAGGAUGCCUGGAGGCAGCACAGUUCAAAGAUCUCGAUUAACACCGAUGGAGAAGGCUUCAAUGCCAUCGCUAGGCGGCCAGUAAAAGUUCCCAACUCCAAACGAACUUCGCUUUUACAGCAAAUCCGCGUUCUAACUGCCCGGACAUGGGUCGUUACUAUUCGAGAUCCUAUGGGCAUGUUUGGCAGUCUUGUUGAAGCUAUUGGUAUGGCGAUCAUUACUGGAUGGAUCUUUCUUCAGCUUGAUGGCUCACUCUCUGGCAUCCGUUCUCGCCAAGGUGCCCUUUAUACUGCUGCCGCGCUUCAAGGGUAUUUGAUUCUUCUUUACGAGACAUAUCGUCUAACAACGGAUAUUCAGCUCUUCGACGAAGAGUCACGACAAGGCGUGGUGGGAGUUCCAGCAUUUCUUAUCUCCAGAAGGUUGGCCCGAUUCUUCAUCGAAGAUGUUCCAGUGCCACUAAUAUUCUCGCUCGUAUUCUACUUUAUGGCCGGCUUCCGGAAAGAUGGAGCCGAGUUUCUCACCUUCUUUAGUGUUAUUCUCUUAGAGCAGUAUAUUGCUGUAUGCUUUGCAACUACUUGUGUCGCUAUUUGCAGACAUUUCGCAGGAGCUAGUCUCGUUGCUAAUCUCGCGUAUACCCUUCAAUCGAUGGCUUGCGGGUACUUCAUUCAGUCAAAUACCAUUCCUAUCUAUGUCCGAUGGACCAAGUGGAUAGCUUAUGUAUUCUAUGCGUUCGGUGCUCUUGCCGCCAAUGAGUUUUACGGCCACUUCUACACCUGUCCACUCGAAGGAGGUCCAUCGAAUCCCGCUUGCAAAGAAUAUACCGGCCAAUAUAUCCUCGAUUCCCUGGGUCUUCCUAAUGACUGGGUAUGGCGCCCAAUCCUGGCCCUGCUCGGGUUUGCUUUGGCGUUUUACCUCGGUGCCGCAGUGUUUCUCACGUUCUGGAGGGUAGAAAUUGGUAUGGCUAGAGCUAGACCAAUGGAUACCGACGAUUCGGCUGGAAAAGAGAAGAUGGCUGCAAGGACCGUCGGUGAGGUUCGAACUAUCACCAUUCGACUCGAGGGGUACGGGCUAGACGUCGAAAAGCGUUCAUUGAAACGAAAGUUCACCAAGGAGAUACUCAAGCCUCUUACUACUGACUUCCAGCCUGGAACUCUUAAUGUUGUCAUGGGGCCUUCGGGGUCAGGCAAAACUUCUUUAUUGAACAGUAUGGCAGGGAGAUUAAAAGAUGAUAUAUCAACGAGAUACAAGAAAUUUGGCAGCAUGACUUUCAAUGGUCUUGCCCCUUCGGAAAACGUCGUUCACGCUAUCUGUUCGUUUGUUACGCAAGAUGACGAUGCCCUUCUUGCGUCACUCACAGUCCGAGAGACGCUGCGUUACGCAGCCGGCCUUCGACUUCCCAAGUGGAUGUCUACGAAGCAGAAAUACCAGAAAGCGGAAGAAAUCCUCUUGAAGAUGGGUCUGAAGGACUGCGCGGACAAUCUGAUUGGGAACGAUCUCAUCAAAGGUAUCAGUGGUGGAGAGAAGAGGCGAGUGACUAUCGCUAUUCAAAUUCUUACGGAGCCCCGCGUACUCUUACUUGAUGAACCCCUCUCAGGGUUGGACGCAUUCACAGCUUCUUCGAUAAUGGACGUCCUGCGUGGCCUCGCAGAUGAGGGCCGUACUCUCGUAAUUACGAUCCAUCAGCCACGCUCGGAUACCUUCGCGCACUUCGGCAACAUCCUGCUUCUUGCUCGCGGAGGCGCUCCAGUUUAUGCUGGGCCAGGACGAGAAAUGCUCAGACACUUCAAAUCCCUAGGUCACGAGUGCCCUCGGCACGUCAAUCCUGCAGACUUUGCUCUCGACCUAAUAACUGUGGACCUCCAACAUGAAGCACGAGAAGUAGCCAGCAGAGCCAAAGUUCGUUCUCUUAUCCAAUCCUGGACUUCGGACCGCUUCCCUGCCGCUCGAAUAGGUUCAAUUGCUACUCCUGCUGAACUUGGUGCUCUAGCUCGAUCUCCUGCGAGUUUCGUAUCUGCAUUCCUAAUUCUAGUUAGGAGAGCUACAAAAAAUUUCUUUCGACAGCCGGAUCUAAUCACUGCGAGGAUUAUGCAGGUGGUUGGUUUAGGGAUUGUACUUGCACUGUUCUUUGCGCCGCUUAAGAAUGAUUACUUUAGCAUUCAGAAUCGGUUGGGGUUUGUUAUCGAGAUUGCACCGUUGUAUUUUGUUGGCAUGCUCCAAAACGUUGCCGUUUACCCUGGUGAGCGAGACGUCUUCUAUCGCGACUAUGAAGACCGAAUUUAUGGCGUCGAAGCCUUCUUCCUAACCUACACUGUGAUCGAAACGCCAUUUGAAAUCGUCAGCUCACUCAUCUUCUCGAUACUGGUAUGUAUUGCCUGUGGGUUACAACGUACAGCGAAAGUAUACUUCAUUAUGGCGUUCAAUGCGUUUUGCAUUGUAAGCUGUGGAGAAAGCCUUGGUAUCGCUUUCAAUACUCUUUUUACGCAUACUGGUUUCUCGGUAAACUGUAUGAGCGUGUUUCUAUCAGUGGCACAGAUUAUGGGUGGUGUAAUGUCCCUCGACAUCCCCAGCUUCCUCCAAGCCUUCAACCACCUCUCUCCAAUCAAAUACGCCAUCGGCAACAUGGCGCCAUACACCCUCCGCAACCAGCACUUUACCUGCCAAGACUGGCAGAAACUUCCGAACGGCAAGUGCCCGAUUACGACGGGUGAGGAAGUACUUGACCUGUACCAUCUCAAUAAGAAUCCAGAAAUAAAUAUAAUGGCGUUGGGUAUCUGCGCGAUUGUAUAUAGGGUGCUGGCGUAUGUGAUUUUGAAGAUGGUGAGGGAAAGGUGGUUGGGUAGGUUGUGGGGGAAGACUGCUGGGAUGAGGUCGAAAAUGGUGAGUUCGACGCCACAGGCCUCCAAUCUUUCGGAGGGGACAGUUUAGUGAGGUUAAGGUUGAGGUGUUCGGAAGGGACUUUGGAAUACAUUUAUGUUAGAAUAGAAAUGAUAAAU